CCCCUGGCCCCAAACUCUGCGACUCGCUGGCGGGCCGGCGGCACAGCGGGGAUCCCGGGGACCUAAGAAGGUUGUUCCAGUUUUUGUCUGGGAGGGCCGGAAGGCGUUUCGGGGACCAUGCGUUUACGGCUACCUCUGGUGGCAACCGGGGCCUGGUGGAGCCCCGCCACCGCGGGAUCCAUCUCCACCCCCAGGUGGUUUGAACUUUGAGCCUUUUGUACUCUUGAUGAAUAAUUUCAUUUUCCUCAAGUUUAUGACACUCGGAACGUCAAAAACUGGAGGUUUCUGCAAUUUGAGACUGGUCAGCACCCUGCAGAGAUCAGAGUACUAAGAGACAGAGAUUAAAAUGGCUUCCAGAGGAAAGACAGAGACAAGCAAAUUAAAGCAGAAUUUAGAAGAACAGUUGGAUAGACUAAUGCAGCAAUUACAAGAUCUGGAGGAAUGCAGAGAGGAACUUGAUACAGAUGAAUAUGAAGAAACCAAAAAGGAAACUCUGGAGCAACUAAGUGAAUUUAAUGAUUCACUGAAGAAAAUUAUGUCCGGAAAUAUGACUUUGGUAGAUGAACUAAGUGGAAUGCAGUUGGCUAUUCAGGCAGCUAUCAGCCAGGCCUUUAAAACCCCAGAAGUCAUCAGAUUAUUUGCAAAGAAACAACCAGGUCAGCUUCGGACAAGGUUAGCAGAGAUGGAUAGAGAUCUGAUGGUAGGAAAGCUGGAAAGAGACCUGUACACUCAACAGAAAGUGGAGAUACUAACAGCUCUCAGGAAACUUGGAGAAAAGCUGACUGCAGAUGAUGAGGCCUUCUUGUCGGCAAAUGCAGGUGCUAUACUCAGCCAGUUUGAGAAAGUCUCUACAGACCUUGGCUCUGGAGACAAAGUCCUUGCUCUGGCAAGUUUUGAGGUUGAAAAAACAAAAAAAUGACCUGGUGCAGAAGCUUGUAACAUUGAUCACAUUCUUAUUGUAAAUGGUGUCUUUCCUCUGGGGGUUUUCAGUUAUGCAAAGAAAUGAAGAGAUUCUGGAAAUGCAUCAAUAACCUAAGAAAAAGUGACAUAAAAGUAUACUUAUGGCUUGUGUUUAUGCUCUUCAUCAUUAUGCAUUGUGUGGGGUUACCUGCUUGAGUGAUCCUGAACUUGCUGUGACAGGGACUCACUGAACUCUGCUCCUUGUGAUUUGUCUAAAAGAGAAAACAAAGUGGACUUGGCUUUUAUUAAGGCUGUUUAAGUGUUGAUAGUGAAUGAAAAGAUGUGUAGUAAUGAUAUUUUUCUGCUUGUAACUUAUCCCCACUCAUUGGAGUGAACAGUGAAGCAAGCUCAGUAGACUUCAUAUGUGUUCAUAGAAUUUUAGAGUUCCAAGGGAUCUUAGAAAUCAUUUCUGUUUUUACAAACAAGGAAACAGGUCCAGAAAGAGCAAGUGACUUGCUUAAAGUUACAUUAGAGAACUGACAGGUAAAACUCAGGUGUCCUGGCUCCCAGUUUAGUAUCUUGAAUUUUAUUUCUGUACCAUUUUAUAAAAAAUAACACUAUUUGUGCAAGUCAGUGUUUGUGAAAAUUCAGUGUCCCAUUGAAAAGUUGACUGCACAUGAAGGGACCAUCCCCCAGCCUGUAAGCUGUCUGUAUGAAUGGGGCCCCUUGUAUCUCAGAAUUUUGAGGUUGAAACAAUGGGAGCCCUGUUGAGCGUCUCCUAAAGUGACUUACCAGCCUGGUUGUUUCACCAGGGAAGCAAUAGGAAAUGGCAGCUAGAGGCCCUCCCUGUGUGUGACCUCUUGUCACACUCAGAGGGUGGUAACUGUCAGCUGUUAUCUACUCUUCAGUUUUUGGAGAAACACAAAAUAAGAGGAAAAGCAAAUUUCCUGAGUAUUUACAUGUCUCUGCUUGCUCAAAUAUGUGGAUAUGUCCAUAUGCGUGUAUAUUAGCUUAUUUCUUAAGCUCUGGCCAUUUUAUAUCCUUUCAUGUGCUUCUCUUUUUUUUUUUUUUCCUUCUUUAUUUUAAUUAAGUAUUCUGGGGAUCAUGUGCUUCUCAAUAUUUUUGUUUUGUACUUUAUACAAAUUAAAAGCAUUUUUAAAGCUUAUUCUAUACUGUAAACUAUUAGGUGCUUUGCCAACCAGACAGAUUAGAGGACCUCAGCUCCACUGAUGCCUUAUUUGGAACUUUUAGUGGGUUUUUUUUUUUUUUUUAGAUGGAGUUUUGCUCUUUUUGCCCAGGCCCGACUGCAAUGGUGUGAUUUCGUCUGACCACCACUCCACCUCCAGAGUCCAAGCGAUUCUCCUGCCUCAGCCUCCCGAGUAGCUGGGAUUACAGGCAUGUGCCACCAUGCCUGGCUAAUUUUGUAAUUUUAGUAGAAACAGGGUUUCUCCAUAUUGGUCAGGCUCAUCUCGAACUCCCGAUCUCAGGUGAUCCACCCGCCUUGGGCUCCCAAAGUGCUGGAAUUACAGGCAUGAGCCACCUCACCCGGCAGGUUAUUUUUUACAUAUUGAUUUAUGACUGUCAAAAACUCAGGCUGGGUGUGGUGGCUCAUAUCUGUAAUCCCAGCACUUUGGGAAGCCGAGGCAGGUGGAUCACCUGAAGUCAGGAGUUCAAGACCAACCUGGCCAAUAUGGUGAAAUCUCGUCUCUACUAAAAAUAGAAAAAUUAGCCAGGCAUGCUAGCGCAUACCUGUAACCCCAGCUGCUCAGGAAUCUGAGGCAGGAGGAUCUCUUGAACCUGGGAGGCAGAGGUUGUAGUGAGCCGAGAUCAUGCCACUGCACUCCAGCCUGGGGGACAGAGCAAGACUCCAUCUCAAAAAUUAAAAUUAAAAACAAAAAACUCACUGAAAUUGUGACAAACCAAGAAAAAGAAAAUUACCUGCUAUUCAUCUAAGGCUUUAUGGUCAAUCCUUACUUCAUUUUUCUAUAUUUAUUUUAAAGGAGGUGAAAUUCAUAUAUCAUAAGAGUCACCAUUUUAAAGUGUACAGUUCAGUGGCAGAACAUUCCCAGUGUUGUGCAACCAUCACUAGUCUCUAGUGCCCGAACAUUAAUAUCACCCCCAAAGGAGGCCCUAUAGCUAUUAAGCAGUUAUUCCCCAGUUCCUUCUCCUCCGUCUGCUAACAGCCACUAAUCUGCCCCAUCUUUAUGGAUUUACCUAUUCUGGAUAUUUCAUACGAAUGGAAUCAAAAGAUACAUGGCCUUUUUAUGUGUCUGGCUUCUUUCAUUUAGCAUAAGUUCUUUUUUGGUACAGAGUUUCACUCUUGUUGCCCAGGCUGGAGUGCAAUGGUACAAUCUUGACUCACUACAGCCUCUGCCUCCUGGGUUCAAGUGAUUCUCCUGCCUCAGCCUCCCAAGCAACUGGGAUUAUAGGCAUGUGCUACCAUGACCAGCUAGUUUUAUAUUUUUAGUAGAGACAGGAUUUCACCAUGUUGGUCAGGCUGGUCUUUUGUUUUUUUGAGAUGGAGUCUCACUCUGUCACUCAGGCUGGAAUGCAGUGGCAUGAUCUCGGCUCACUGCAACCUCUUUUUCCCGGGUUUAAGCAAGUCUGCCUCAGCCUCCCAAGUAGCUGGGAUUACAGGCAUGCAUCACCAUGCCUGGCUUCUUUUGUAUUUUUAGUAGACACUAGGUUUCACCAGGUUGGAUCUCGAACUCCUGACCUCAAAUGAUCCACAAGCCUCAGCCUCCCAAAGUGCUGGGAUUAUAGGUGUGAGCCACUGUGCCCAGCUGGUCAGGCUGGUCUUUUUUUUUUUUUUUUUUUUUGAGACAGAGUUUCACUGUUGUUACCCAGACUGGAGUGCAAUGGCACAAUCUCGGCUCACCACAACCUCUGCCUUCUGGGUUCAAGCAAUUCUCCUGCCUCAGCCUCCCGAGUAGCUGGGACUAUAGGCGCGCACCACCAUGCCCAGCUAAUUUUUGUAUUUUUAGUAGAGACAGGGUUUCACCUCGUUGACCAGGAUGGUCUCGAUCUCUUGACCUCGUGAUCCACCCGCCUCGGCCUCCCAAAAUGCUGGGAUUAUAGGUGUGAGCCACCGCGCCCGGCCCCCAGGCUGGUCUUGAACUGACCUCAAGUAAUUCACUUGCCUCAGCCUCUCAAAGUGCUGGGAUUAUAGGUGUGAGCCAUUGCGCCCAGCCAUCAUCAUAUUUUCAAGGUUAAUCAACAUUAUGGCAUGUAUCAGUACUUUAUUCCUUUUUACAGCUAAGUAAUAUUCCAUUGUAUGGAUAUCACAUUUUGUUUAAUCCAGUAUCUGUUGAUGAUUUGGGUUGUUUCCUUCUUUUGGCUAUCAUGAAUAAUGCUUCAGUGAACAUUUGUGUACAAACAUUUGUUUGAAUACUGGUUUUUAAUUAUUUUGGGUGUAUAUCUAGGAAUGGGAUUGCUACAUUUGUUUUUUUUUUUUUUUUUUAUUUUUUAUUUAUUUUUUUUUUUUUACGAUGGGGUUUCACCAUGAUGGCCAGGCUGGUCUUGAACUCCUGACCUUAGGUGAUCCACCCACCUCGGCCUCCCAAAGUGCUAGGAUUACAAGCGUGAGCCACCACGCCCAACUGCUACAUUUAUUUUUUAAGCCAUAGAAGAUUCUUCCCAUCAGCUGGGCACAGUGGCUUACGCCUAUAAUCCAACAUUUUGAGAGGCCAAGACGGACAGAUCACAAGGUCAGGAGUCCAAGACCAGUGCGGCCAAUAUAGUGAAACACCAUCUCUACAAAAAUUAGCUGGGCGUAGCAGUGGGAGCCUACAGUAGCUGAGAGGCAGGAGAAUUGCUUGAACCCGGGAGGUAGAGGUUGCAGUGAGCCAAGAUCAUGCCAGUGCACUCCAGCCUGGGCAACAUCCUGUCUCAAAAAAAAAAAAAAAUUAUCUUGCUUUAAAAGUGGCCUAGUUUGCGUUGCCCACCAAGACAUUGACAGUCUCAACUGUGUGACCUUUUGUGGGUUAAACUUUUGAGCCUCCUUUUUUACUCAGUGGGGAUAAUAGGACCUACCUCAAGGAUUAUUGUGCAUUCCCCUCUCUUUGUUAAUGCAGAUACAGUUUUUACCUGGAAAGCUAACUCACCAUUUAACAGCCCUCCUAAGCACCAUUGGAUAUAUUUUGUUUCACAAAUUUGGUAUUCAUUCAGAAAAAGUUGUUGAAAAGUGAGUAAAUUCUAUGCAAUUAUAGUUAUUAAAUGACUUAUAAACUGUGUUUCUCUUCCACUUUUUGCUACAUUUAAAAUCUAGGUGUUCAGAUGUCUUUGGAGGUUACAGGCAGCAAUAAUGCUAAGGCAGCUAACUUUUCAAAAUUCUUGAGUCAGGCUAAUAUUUUGGUGAAAAGAAUUCCUGUAAUUCUCAAAUAACUAGAGCUGAAGCAGAAAUAAGUUUCAAUGAGCAAGUGUCCAAUUGGGCCAUUGAAUGAAAUCUAGUGUUUUAAACAACUCUGAUGUUUCAAUGUUUUGUUUUGUUUACUUUUGAUCCUCUGAACAGUAAGACAUGUUAGGUGGGUGGCUAAGGAAGAAAUCCAGUAACAGAAUGAGGAAUUACUGCCAGGAAGAGGUGGAGUUGGAAUAAAUGGGUUAUUAACUGAUUUUCAGAUCUUCUACUGAAGACAUUAAACAUGGAAUGGUCAUCUUUAGGAAAAUAAAAGACUAUGCAACUCCACAACUGAAAUGGUAUUUUUUUUUACAGUGAAUGAUGGAUAAUUGGAAAUUCUUAGAGAAAAAAAUCAACCCAAACCAUUUUGUCUAGAGCCUUUCACACCUUCCUGUCCAUGUUUUUCUUUGGUACUGUGUUUAUUGCUAAGACCAAUAAAUGUUCUUCUUUGCCUCCUAAAA